GGAUCCCUUGAUUAGCACAUGUACGGUAGAGAUUGACUCGCUCUUGCUCUAUAAAAAGAGGUGCGGUUUAGUUCAUUUCUGAUUUCGCACUCAAAACUCGCUCUAUCUUCAAUCAUCAAAACCGAAUCUUCCUCAUCUCUGAAGAAAAUUUGUUAUUUCAAUUCAAACUAUACUCAAACAUGUCUUGCUGUGGAGGAAGCUGUGGCUGUGGAUCUGGUUGCAAGUGCGGAAACGGCUGUGGAGGGUGCAAGAUGUACCCCGACUUUGGCUACAUGGAGAAAUCCACCACGUCCGAGACUCUCAUCACCGGUGUUGCACCGGCGAAGCUACAAUUGGAGGGUUCUGAGAUGAGCGAGGUAGCAGAGAACGGAUGCAAGUGUGGAGACAACUGCAAGUGCGACCCAUGCACUUGUAAAUGAGAUCGCUCAUCUUUAGAAGAAGAUCAAGGAAUUUCUUAUAAUAAAUAAUGUUAUGGUAUUAUGUUGAGAUUUUAACGAGUGUGUUUGGUACUGUUGUUUGUUGGACUCUUUUCAUGAACUAGAAUAAAGUAGUCCUGGCUUCUUUUGGUAUUCGCCAAAUUAAGAGUGAUUAAGCUAAUGUUAUCGUUACUUAGUUUGUUCAUCUCAACUGAUCUUGGUCUUGUUCCUGUACUAAAGUAUGUGUGUCUUUGAUGAGUUUUUGAUGAAAAUGGAUGAAAGAAACUCAUGAUUGAUCUUUGA